AUGUCUUUGGAAACUGCACCAGCUCAAAGACCACAUGGAGUUCUAGGUGUCUGGGGCCCCCUACUGUCAGCUGUAGGGAAUGCAUUCAAAAUUCAGGUUCAUCUGAGGAAAGUGGUGCACAAAGAUAGAUUCAUGAGAAAAAGCUCUGUCAUUCCUGCCAUUGGAAACCGUAUUUGGAGAGAUUUAAUCCACAAUCCGUUACAUUUGAUCUUUUCAGUAGACGUCCUUGGUUUGACCAGCUCAACAUUAGCUUCUCUUAGUAAAGGGUUUGCUGAGCUGUCAACAGAUGGACAAUUUCUACAAUUGCGUUCAAAGCAGGUAUCUUCAAGAAGAAUUACUGGGGUAGGUGAUGGAAUUAUGCAAGGGACAGAAGCUCUUGCACAAGGUGUUGCUUUUGGUGUGUCUGGAGUAGUGACAAAGCCUGUGGAGAGUGCUAGACAGAAUGGUCUUCUUGGGCUUGCUCAUGGGCUGGGACGAGCUUUCCUGGGAUUCAUUGUACAACCAGUGAGUGGAGCAUUAGAUUUCUUCUCACUGACUGUGGAUGGAAUUGGAGCAAGUUGUUCGAGGUGCUUAGAGAUUCUCAAUAACAAGACAAGCUUCCAAAGAAUCAGAAAUCCCCGGGCUAUUCGUUCUGACAAUGUGCUGAGAGAGUAUUGUGAGAGAGAAGCAGUUGGGCAGAUGAUACUUUACCUUGCAGAAGCAAGUCGACAUUUUGGGUGUACUGAAAUAUUCAGGGAGACCUCAAAGUUUGCCUUUUCUGAUUACUACGAAGAUCAUUUUGAGGUGCCCUACCAAAGGAUAGUUUUAGUAACUAAUAAACGAGUCAUGCUGCUACAGUGUAUGGACGCUGAUAAGAUGGAUAAAAAGCCCUGCAAGAUCAUGUGGGAUGUACCUUGGGAAGAGCUCAUGGCGCUGGAGUUGGCAAAAGCAGGCUACCCCAGACCUUCUCACUUGAUUCUCCAUCUAAAAAAUUUUAGAAGAUCUGAACCCUUUGUGCGAAUCAUAAAGUGCAGAGUUGAUGAAGAAUCAGAGGGGAGAGAAUCGCAGGCUCUUAGGAUCUGUAAAGUGGUGCGGAAGAUGUGGAAAGCACAUCAGUCUGGCACAAAAUGCGUCAUGUUAAGGGUUGCUUCAAUCCAGAGAUAUGUGUGUUUUGCUUGGAGUGAAGCUGAUGGGCGAGACCCUCAUAAUCAGCUUAGAGCUGUUGUCAAGUCACAAGAGAUUUCUUUAUCUGAUUCUGUUCCUGACACAAGCAGAUUUGUUAAACACACUAUAAAUUUUUCAAGAGUUUGGAGCAGUGAACAACAAUUGAAAGGCCAAUGCACAUUGUGCCGAAAGCAGGUUCUGGAAGGUGGUGGGUUAUGUAGCAUUUGGCGACCAUUUUGUCCUGAUGGGUAUGUCUCAGUAGGGGAUGUAGCUCGUGUUGGCAGCCAUCCUCCGAAUGUUGCCGCUGUAUAUCGUAACAGUGACAAACUGUUUACUAUUCCAAUGGGUUAUGACCUGGUGUGGAGAAACUGCUUGGAUGACUAUGCUACUCCCGUAUCAAUUUGGCUUCCACGUGCCCCAGAGGGUUAUGUUUCCUUAGGAUGCGUUGCUGUACCUGGUUUUACAGAGCCAGAACCCAAUACCGUAUACUGUGUGGCAGAAUCUCUUGCUGAGGAGACAGAAUUCGAAGAACAAAAGAUUUGGUCUGCACCAGAUUCGUAUCCUUGGGCGUGCCACAUUUAUCAAGUGCGAAGCGAUGCUCUUCAUUUUGUUGCCUUGAGACAACCCAGGGAAGAAACUGACUGGAAGCCCACGAGAGUUCUUGAUGAUCCUAAUACUCAUGUUCAAUCAUCAGAAACCCAUUGA